AUGGUAUACAUAGUAGUCGUAUUUGUCGAGGUCAAGCCCGAGUCGAUAGAAGCUGUAAAGACGCGGAUGUCGGAAGCUGCUAAGAUAUAUGAGAAGGAUCCAGAAACGUUGGAAUUUUCAUUACGCCAGGAUAUAAACAAUCUCCAGAGAUUUACCAUUGUAGAGCGGUAUGAACGAGAAUCUUCCUUGACCGAGAUCCACAAGAAGAAUCCUAUCUUCGCGGAUACCGUAGCGUUCUUGCGGGCGAAUGUAACCAAGCCCAACGAACCUCAUUUCAUCCAUGCUUAG